AUGCAGCCCUCUCCUCCUAGAUGCCUUCAUCGCAGCGACCUCCCUCUGGAUUGCGCAACUGUAUCUACUUCCACGAUAGCUGCUCAGGAGGCAAGUUACUCUUCCCCCGUUGUUUCACAUAUGGUUGGGACUACUCGCAAAACUAACUUUCAGUCGGAUGCUCUUCGAGGCGACUUUAACCAAUCCCAUGUGCCUAUAAAUCUCUGCCUACCCCGGUCUCGGUUAGAUCAAAUGCGGAUAUUUUCACCAUGGGCUGAAGAGAGUCAUCAUGUUAUUGCAAACGAACUUGUUUGUUCAUCUUGCGGACAUCGCCGAGCACCUAUUCUUCAGCCAGAGACUUGUCUCACCAUCUUUCUUAGUAAGUUGUUAUUUUUGUUAUGCUAUCUCAAUUAUUUUAAUACUUAA